AUUUAUCGGUAACUCUUUUAAUGUAAUCCUAUGUGACUUUGGACUUUGCAAGGAAGCUAAAAAAAAUUAUGACAGGAAGACCUGGUGGUACGAAACUUAUUGGAUAGUAUUAUUAGAAUGCAUUAUGAAGAAAAAAUUUUACGGUAAUGAUAAAGAUUUUCAGGAAUCUUCAAAUUUGCAAAAACAAAUUAUUGAAAAAUUUUUGCUCAGUAUUUUGAAAGAAAACAUACAUGUAAAAAUACCAAAUUUAAAUAAUAUAGUUUAUAACAUUAUUGGAGAUUUGCAGAUGAAGAAAGCUUUAUGUGGAAUUCAUUUCCCUAUCAAGGUGAAACGGUUCGCACUCAAAAUCUUUGAAAAGUUAAAGAGAUCGCAAAUCGACACU